CCCGAGCCACUCUGAGCAUCAAAACUAGGCCAAGUGCUGUUCUGCCGCUUGGGCUCGGACUCGCCGUCGAGAAGGCUCUCGGCAGAGUCAACGUCCUCAGGGGUCGGGGCGAACAGGGUGUGGAAUCUGCAGCGAGAAAUCGUGGAGCUGUCGGGAGCCAGCAGCUUUGACGGUCCUGCCGCGGUGCUUGGCGGGCUUAGACCCGCUGUUCCAAAUACAAACCGUCGGCGUGAGAAGCACACCAGGGCAGCGGUCCGGCACCAGGGACUCCUUGCUGAACGCGGGGCUCCCGUGGCUAUCUCUGGUUGUGAAUGCAACCUCUCCCUCUCCUCUACGGAGCCCGCCUGUUUGCUUAGCCGCUGCUGGAUCCAAGCUGUACUUGUAUCUUACUCUUCUUCAAAAUAUCUAUUCUGCUGGUACUGAAGAGGAUGUGUUCCAGGGACACACUUUGUUGUCAGAAAUCCCAUUAUCAGAGGAGCUUCCUGCCCAGAGGAUUCAGUACUCAAGGUGAAAUAGUAGCUGAACGUAAUGUUAAAUAAUGGCAACAGGUGACUUAAAGAGAAGCUUACGGAACCUAGAACAAGUGCUUCGUUUGCUAAGUUAUCCUCAAGAGGUGGAUUGUGUAGGUUUGAUAAAAGGAGAGACGGCAGCAUGUUUGCCCAUCAUCAGCUAUUCCCUGACCUCAUAUUCAUCUUACGUAGCGGAACUUCUGAUGGAGUCCAACGCAGAGCUCACAGCAAAGAAUGACUUGCGCUUUAUAGACACUGUCUAUAAGCUUCUUCGUGAUCAAUUUAAUUAUAAACCAAUCUUGACGAAAAAGCAGUUUCUCCAAUGUGGAUUUGCAGAAUGGAAAAUCCAGAUUAUUUGUGAUAUUUUGAAUUGUGUGAUAAAAAAGCACAAGGAGUUGAGUAGUAUUGAGAAGCCUCCAUCACAACAAAGGAAAAAAGUCAAUUUCAUUAAGUCAGAACCUUCUUCAAGCAGCGAGAAGACGUCUACGGAACCUGUCGGCAUUGACAUCACCGGCAGGUUUCUGACUUCGGGAAAGAAGAAGGCUGUAGUGAUCCGCCACCUCUAUAGUGAAGAUGGUGUGAACAUUCCUGAGGACGCGUCAAGCACAGUGACAGAUGUAAACGACGCAUUUGCUGUGUGUGAGAUAAAGGACACCGAAAUGAAGGAUCCUGAAGAAAAGGUCCCUGAAAUCAAGUCUGAGCAACAAGAUAUAAACGUUAAUCCUGAGAUUACUGCACUGCAGAGUAUGCUUGCUGAGUGCCAAGAAAAGCUUAAGAAACUGACUCAGCUAGAGAGCAGAUUAGACUCUUUGGAAGAAAAAAUGAAAGGAAAAGUGAUGGUAGACGAGAAAACCUGGACUAAUCUUCUCAGUCGUGUCACUCUUCUUGAGACCGAACUGCUUCUGUCCAGAAAGAAUGAUGACUAUAUAGAAUAUAAUGAAAUGAAUGAAGAUUAUUCCUCUAGUAGUGACAUGGAUAUUCUCACACUUGAGAGAAAAAGCAAAGAAAAGGGAACAAGCGUCCCUCUGUCCUCUGGUUAUAGUACAGUAUCAAUGGACUCAACUCCCAGAACCUCAGUUGUUAAUUACUGUGGCUUGAAAGAUAUUUCAGAGGAAACAACAAUCCAGAAAAUGGAAAGGAUGAAAAAAAUGUUUGAAGAAACUGCUGAAUUACUAAAAGGUUCAAAUCACCAAUUAUAGAAUUUUUCUACAUGAACUUUUCCAGGAUGGUGGCUACUAUAGAUGUUGUAUACUUUAAGAAUUCUCUAUAAAUUUUAAUAUACUACAAUAUUUUUAUUAAGAAUCUUAAUUCCAUUUAGUAGAUGAGCUUUUUCAUUCAGUAUUGAAUAAAUGCUUAAAUAUUUUUGUGCUACGAUUGUAUGGUUUUUCUGUUUUACUUUUCCUAGGAAAACGCCUGUGCCAGUACAUUUCUUUUACAGAGUGAAGUCAUUAUAGCACCGUGUUUUUGUGUUGACAUUUGUUGGCAGUGUGCUAAGUAAUGUGUUUUUAAAGUACAGGCCUCGGGACCAUAGUUUACAUCCUGUUGGACACACUCCAACUGGGACUCGCAUAUUGUACCCAGGAGGCUGUCCUACACACCGUUUUGCAGUCUGCACCGAUGAGUAGUUCGUAAUGAAAAGUUAAAAAUGCUCAUUGAAAAUUAAAUAAAACAAAAAUACGACGAUUUAAUGCUUAGCGAGAAAGCAGCAACGCAUUUUCAGUGAACAUGGAGAAACUGCGGGUGUGAUUUCCCUUCGGUGUUUAGAAGCAGGUCAGCAAGUUCCGCGAAGAACGAAGAACGAGGCGAGGGCUUCAGUGCUCCGUCCGUAGCACGUGAGACCAGCCAGGCAGGGUUUCUUUAAGUGAUGGGGGUAAUAUAUUUUUCUGGAGAAAAUGUCUUAGAUGAAGUUAAAUCAAGAGAAAAAAGAAAUUUACUAUAAAUUACUAAAUGAAUUAUUUUUUAACUUUA